CGAACGACUCGCAGUGGCUGCUAAGCCAGGUUAGGUUUUGUAUUGUUACGUGCGUGGUUUCAUCUCUCUAGAAAAUCAGAAAACUACGAAGCUUUCCAAGUGAGUCGUAUCUGGCGCCAGUCUAGUGAAUGUUACUUUUGACGGGACGAGAGCGUUUACCAUUAGCCAACCAGUCAUUGUGCGCUGCGCGUUCAUUGGCUUUGAGCACGAAUAUAAUCUGCGGCCAGCAACCAGCGACAACCGUGGUAGGAGCUACGAACUCAAGACAAAUUGCGCAGCAGACUUCUAUCAAUAGCGACGAAUCGACGCGGGAUUCUCGUCUGUUUCUCAUCUGAACUACCAUCACGCUUUUAAUUUUCUAUUUCACGUGAUUGGAACAAUGUCGGCUUCGCCUAUCGCACGACAGGCUACUCAUAGCCAAAGUAUCCCUUCGAAAAGGAUUUUCAUCAAUGACCCUAAGGAGUUACCGACGGAUUAUUCCUCCACGCCUGGUGGCACUCUGUACUCUACCACGCCGGGAGGUACCCGCAUCGUCUACGAACGUGCUUUCCUAAUGAAUCUACGAAAUUCUCCUAUAUCCAGGACGCCACCCAAGAAUAUGCCGUCAAUCCCUGCGGAUCUACUUAAGGGUACACCAGCCAUUACCACAAUGGCACCAAGUCCCAUAUCCAAAGAUAUUCCUGUGAUUGAGGAAUCUCCAGAGCAGUUCGAAAUGGACAUGUGAGGGGGAGGAUCUGAUGAUGCCUGUGAUUAAGAUAUGUGUUCAUUUGUUAGCCUUUGAUAAACGACUCCAACGACUAUGUCGCUAAUGAACUGUGCACACGAUAUAUAAUGUUCGUCUGUGACAUUAGCAAGUUAUCCUUUCGAGUUAAUGAAACUCGCUUGAAGUCUAUUAUCUAUAAUAUGCAAAGAUCUUCCUAAUAUUUCCAUGGAAAUUAACAUGGAGCUGAGAGGCAAGGUAAAGGCAUAUUUGACUACGAAAGAGAAGACGUGACGGAAUUUUGUAAAAAGAUAAAUAGCAAACGUAGCUAACUGUUAUUAUUCACUUAACGUGUUGUAUGACGCUUUUUCAUAAAUUCUGUAUUGUAUUUUGUAGUUUGAUAUUUAAGGAUAUACUGGGAUAUAUAAUAUACUAUAUAUUAUAGGAUAUACGAAUAAACCAUGUCUUUUAUAAUA